AUGAAGACCUUAGAUGAAGUUGCUGGCAAGCAUGUUGAGAACAAACGCCAGUUCAACUUGUAUAAUGUAAUUAUGGUGAUAGCGAUGUCUCUGGGAGCUCUGAGCUAUGGGUAUUCGACUGCCAUUAUUGGACCAACACUUGGUAACUCCCUACAUCUAGGUACGGUCGUGUGGAAAAUGCUGAUUCUACAGGGUUUGUACUCGACAGGUGGCUUCCUAGCCUGCUACACGGUGCCAUAUGUCGCCGAUAAAUGGGGUCGAAAAUGGGCAGUUUGCUCAACGUAUACCCUGGUUUCAGGAGCGUUCCUCGCUGGUUCAACCAAUAUAGGAGAAUUCAUCUUCUUCCGUUUCAUGGCUGGUGCUGGUGCUUUCUCGCUCUUAGCUGCAGUUCCUAUCUGGGUGAACGAGGUAGUCCCACCCCGCAACCGCGGCGCUUUCAUCACGCUCAUGGGCUUAAUGCUCCUCCUCGGCUACAUGUUCGCUUCCUGGGGCUCCUACGGCUUUUACUUCUACCACCCCUCCUCCAACAACCAAUGGCGCCCCAUGCUUGCCCUCCAAUGCCUCCCUCCCAUCAUUCUAAUCUCCAUCAUGCCCUUCCUGCCCGAAUCUCCUCGCUGGCUCGUCAAAAACAACCGUAUCACCGACGCCGAGAAGGUACUGCUGAAACUGCACGAGCCGGAAGAAGCGAAGAUCGAGAUGCGGCAGAUUACGCUGCAGUUGGAGAGGGAGAAGGGGUUGGAGACUAGUUGGUAUGCGAUGUUGUGGGGGAAGAAGAGUUAUAGGGUCAGGAGUGCGGUAGCAUUUGGGACGACGAGCUUUAUUCAGUUUUCGGGGAUUUUGGUUAUUAAUAUUUUUGGACCGCAGAUCUAUGGUGGUCUUGGUUAUGGACUUAGUACCCAACUCAUGCUCGCCGCUUGCUGGGUUACCGUGGCUUUUGUGUCGAGUUUCCUGUCGAUGUUUGUCGUUGAUCGGGUUAGUCGGCCGAAAAUGAUGGCUGGUGGCAUGAUUGGUUGUGUUUGUAUACUGAUUACGGAAACUGUGCUGGUGGCGAGGGAUAAGGUUGGACCGGGAGAGAAUAAAGAUGCGUUGAAGGCGGCUGUUGCUAUGAUUUUCCUCUACGUAGCAUGCUACGAAUGGAUGAACAACGUCCAACUCUCCUACCUAGGCGAAAUCUUCCCCUUCCACCUGCGCGCCAAAGGCCUUUCGUUAGGCGUCUCGGGCAUAGCGCUGCUUAAUAUCAUUUGGCUUCAAGCUGCUCCUACUGCGUUGAAGAACAUCGGGUGGAAGUAUUAUUUAUGUUUUAUUAUUCCCAGUGCGCUGGCAGCGGGGGUUAUACUAAGGUGGUUUCCCGAUACGAGGGGAUUGAGUUUAGAGGAGUGUGCGAGGGUCUUUGGGGACGAGGUUGAGCUAUUUGGAGGGAAGCAAGGCGGAGAGGAGGCGGUCGUGGUUGGCGAUGGUGGUGGAGAGGCGGUAGGUGCUGGGAGUGAGGAGUCUGGUGGGAAAGAGAAUGCGUGA